AUGAGCUCCUCUCCCGCAUCCUCCUCUCCCGCGCCGGAGAUCGUCACUUCGAAGACAAAAACCUCCAUAGACAAGUCCAAGAAGGUCAAGGUAGCGCACCCUCAAGCGGAGACAGAGAAGAAUGGCCCAAACGAGGGCGAGGACGCCAACUUGGCGUACAAGCCUCCAGACGGCUAUGUGCUCAUCAAGCACAGUACCGAGGAGACUGAGUUUGACUGGGAUGUCAUCAACAACGAUGUUAACCUAGAGUUGUGGGUGGUCCGGGUGCCCGAUGGUCUCAAAGCCAAGCAUCUUGAGAACGUCAAGAUAAACCUGCCAUCUUCCUCAACCACCACGCGAUUAGGCACCAUUGACCGGAAGAGUACAGCGUACGAUGUCUGGGGCCUGGGAGAUGAUGAGGCGGAUGCCGUCGGCGGGGACGAGCUGCGGGCAGUUUCAUGUCUACUGCCAAGACGUAAAAAGGGCGGGAAGCUGUACCAAGCUCCACAUCCUAUCUCUCGCCGCCUCGUAAUUUCCGCUCGUCCAUCACUACCAACACCUCCCGCUUCUUCACCCGAGUCUUCACCCGUCGUGCACCAAAAUCCGCCUCGGCACAGACAUUCCCCAGAGCUGCUGAAACAUCGAUUCGCUCCGCUAGGCUCCCUUGCCCCGGCAAACGAUUCGGCGGCGCCCGCUCCAGAGGCCCCGACAGCCAAGUCGUCAAAGUUGCAGAGGACGGACGUAGUGGAGGGAAGCAAAAAGAAGCGGAAGGUAGACAUAGAGUCGCCGAAGAAGACGAAGAAGGCGAAGAAGGCGUCCUAG